GGAAUUGUUUUUCUAGCAUCGCUUUUGUACUGAUUUUAUAUGUAUAAAUACUUCUUGACUCUGCACUGUUUGAAAACAACUCUGCAAAACAAAAUCAAAAUGAAAUUCAACCUUUUUUUGCUCCUUUUAGCCACCCUUCUUGCUGUUGGGUCGUCUCAGCAACAGAAGACUUAUACUAUUCGAGACCCUAAAUCCAAACUAUAUUGGGCAGCAGAUAAAACUAAUCAUAUUGGUCUACAAGUCGCAGGUGCAAAGUGGAUAUUAACUACUGCUCCUGGUGGCUUUACUAUUAGUCCCAGUAAUAAUCCUGACCUCUAUGUCACAUACAAGGGUAAUGGAAAUCUUCUUACUCUUGAAGGAAAUAUUUUUCAGCUAAAUCAGGAAUGGAUAUUUGUUCCUUCUAAAGCUAGCGAGCAUGCCAUUCAACUUGUUCAACAUAGCAAUCAGUUUGCAAAUAUUGGAAAUAAUGGAUUUAUUAUUGCUGGUACUAAUCAAUUGGGAUGGAUAUUUGAAGAAAAAUAAAUGUUUUUUACUUAUGUUGUCUAUAUC